AUGGCGACGUACGUGGACAUCCUGAAGAGCGAGUUUCCUGAGAUUGACGCGGAGCUUUUCGACUACAUCACAGGUAAGAGGCCGGGUACAGAGCCCCUGUGAGCUGGGGUCAAAGCUGGCGGGGACAAAGCCGUGGUGUGCCGGGCCGGUAGAGCGGAAUGAAACGGACUUUCCUGUGUCUGUUAGCUGGGUAGUCCUAGCCUCGGAGUUAACAUGCUAAGCCGGGCUGGGCUGACGAGGUUCGGGGCGAACACCGGUUAGUACGGCAUGGUCCCGUCAGAGAAGCGGGGCUAGACCUGAUACCGGAUCAGUUUGACGGUUUCAGUUCAGUUUGACCGGAUAAAACCCUGAAAAGUGGAAGACAGUCACCGGGAGACAAUUUUACAUAGUAAAGUACUGCAUAUAAAACUAGCAUACUGUCAUAUCAUGUUAUGUGCUGUGGAAAGUAUUUUUCAGAGUAAAGUACUGCAUAAUAAAUUGACAUACCGUUGUACUACAGUAGGUAGCCUGCUGUGGAAGGUUUUAUUUUCAGAGUAAAAUACUGCUUUGUAAACUAACGUACGGUAAGUCCUGUGGAGAGUUUUUUUCAGAGUACUGUACGGCAAUUUAGACUAAUAUACUGUAGUACCACAGUAGGUUCUGCGGAGAGUAAUUUUCAAAGUAAAGAACUGCAGUGUAAACUUGAUAACAGAUACUGAAUCACUCACCUGUGUGAAACUCCUUAAAAAUCAUUGAGAGGUACCUACAGAGGUAGUGUCAGGCAGAGGGCCUCUGCCAGUAAAAUAGUACUGAUACUGUUACAGUAGUACUCGAGUACAUUAGUUGGUGUAUUUCGUUCUACUGUAGCAGUUAAAUACCUAAGUGGAGUAAAAACUGGGUAUCAAAAACUCAAACCUCGAGCUACAAUGAAUGACUGUUAACUUCAGUGGCCUGAUCAUGAGAUCAAAACACCAGAGAAAAACGGAAAAGUACAGUUCCCUUCAUCGUCUGCCUUUUCUGUUUUGAACGAGUUGUUCAUAUCAGGCUAAACGUUGAUGUUGCACCAUGGUACUGCUGAACCAGACAUUUUUAAACUGGGGUAUCUGCAGGGGUGGAAGUAAGUGUUCACACAGAAAUGAGGUUAAUUUAUGAACUCUCUCUAUCUGGAUGAAUCAGACCUGCCUGAACUUAUAAGAUCUAUGUGCCCAAACAAGGUCUUAUUCUUGUUUUCAAUGUUUUCAUUCAAAAUGAAUCAAUGAUUAAUUUAUUAUUGAUGUUAUUUAUGUACCGAAGAAUGCCGUCAGUUUUAGGUACCUUGAUACCCUAGAUAGUAAACUAUUAAAGUUAACAAAACCCUUUUCUUCUUUUGUGGUGAAGCUGCUGGUGUGUGUGUUUUGUUCCAGGGGUUCUGGACAGCGGUGGAGCAGAUUUUGAGGAUGGGGAGGAGGUUUAUGAUGCCAUUGGAGGAGUCCUGCAGGAAGUUUCUGCUGACAGUAAAAAUGAGGAGGACAUACGAGACAUCUGCCUCCAGAUGUUCAACACUCUGCAGCUGUAAGAAAGUCCUCUGUUACCCAGGCACUUAGGAUUCAACCUUUUAUUUAGAAACUUACCAAGAAGCCUUCAAAUAUCUAAGCUGAUCUGCAGGAGCUGCUUAGUAACACUACAGGCAACAUCUGUUUCCGUCAUUCCAGAAGAGUUAGGAAACAUUUAAAGAUUUCUUGCAGAGCAGACUGAACCACAGUCCCAGACUGUUUCUAAAGUUAUAAAACAAGGAUCAAUGUGAGUUCAGUAUGUGGUAAAGCUAGAAAGAAUCUGAAUUUAGGAAGAUUAACACCUUUAUGAUGUUUUAACAGGAAUAAUCAUCAUGGCUCCCAAAAGCAGGUGUUGUUGGACGCUCCAGUGCAGCUCUCUCAGAUCUCAGCAGACAACGGUAGGAGUCACACACACACACACACACACACACACACACACACACACACACACACACACACACACACACACACACACACACACACGAGUAACCAUGAGUUUUAUUUCUGUCUAGACACACUGAAUUUAAACCUGAUUGAUUUUCUGUCUUUGCAGUCACUGCAGCGGAGGAUGUGAAGGGGAUCUGGAUGAUGAAACGUCCUCAGAACACUGUGAGUGUCUUUUACAGUUAGUUUUAAAAAUAGUGUCAGUACAGAGGCAGCAAGGGUUUAUUUACCACUGGAUUUAUGAUGGAAUCAAAAACAGCUGUUAGUGAACAUAAACAUACUUAACAGAAAGGCUGAAAUCACAUGUGUCAGAAAGGGAUCUGAAUAAUUUCUCACACUGGCUUAAAUUUUCACAUGGUUUUGGUAUUGUCACAAUGUAACAUGUAACAUAGUAAAACAGUGCAAAAACUAGGAAUAUUAAUAAUCAUUAAAAUUGUCUGUUGAGACACUGUGGGGCGGCAGUAGAUCAGAAGGUAGAUUUUCAUCCAAUAAUUAGAAGGUUGGCGGUACGAUCCCCGCCCUAUCCCUAGUCUAUCUGUUGUGUCCUUGGGCAAGAUAACCCCCCUUUCUCCCAGUGUGUGUCAUCCAAUGUUGUAUGAUUGUGAGUGAUGUGUGGUCAUGGUGGUCAGAGAGGCCAUAGGCGCAGAUUAGCAGCCAUGUUUCUGUCAGUCUGCCCCAGGGCAGCUGUGACUACCAGGGCAGUUAACCACCAGUGUGACUGCGUGAGCCAAUGGAUGAUGUAUCCAAAUGUAAAGCACUUUGAGGUCACUGAUAAAAAGCCCUAUAAAAUCUGAUGCAUUAUUAUUAUUAAAUUCUUUGAUGUUUGAGAGAAUCUGUCUGUAAAUAUUUGGAUCAGCUGAUACACUCAGACUCAUUCAGUCUCUUUGAAACCAAACUUACACACGUCAGUACACAUGAAUAAACAACAAAGAACAGAUGUAAUACGAACUUUUAAAAGAGACACAAACAUGUUAAGUCCAAACCCACUGAUUGGUUGAACAUGUGACCUUCCGAUUGCAUCACUUCCUGUGUUUGUGUUUUUAGACGGUGGACGCCAAAAAACUGGAGAAAGCUGAGGCGAAGCUGAAAGCCAAACAUGAGCGCAGGAAUGAGAAGGACUCUCAAAAAUGCUCCAGCCCUCUGUUAGUACUCACCUGGACAUACCUGUACACACCUGUAACCACCUCAACAUGCUCCUACUUACCUUUUAUUACCUAUGAACUCCUGUGCACAUAGAAAAAAAACACAUUCUGUUAUUCACCUUUGUACACCUCACCUGUUUAUUCUUAAACACACAUUUACACAUACCUUUUCUUAUCUCACUAUACCUUUUCACACCUGUAGAAACCUUUACAUACAGUACCUGUCCUCAUCCACAUACAAAUGUGUUCCUGUGUCUUAUCUGCAUACACCUGUACUCCCAUGUCCUUUCCUGUUCUUUUCUGUACACACCAGAUGCGUUUUAUCUUAGGCACCUCACCUUUUCAUAAUGAUUCUGGUAGGGCUACAUGAUUAAUUGAUUUUAAAUUGUAAUCAGAUUUUUUGAUUGUGACAAUGUUAAAAAAUUUAAAUCGUCAAAUUGAUUUCCUGUGUAUCAUGUCUUGCGCCUCCAGGCCACCAUAGGCUCCCCCUUCCUGCUGGAGCGCUGCCCAGUUCCCACACACACCAGUGUAAACAAACUUGGCAUUUGCAAAAGAAGAUGAUAAUUUCGUGGCUAAAUCAAAUGUCCCAGAAACACAGUUCCCCAGCCUGACAAACUGUGGCCUUCCUGUCAGGUAAUCUGUGAUCCAGGAAACACAGGAAGGAUCCACUCCCAUCUCUGUGAGCUUGUUUUUGAGUAUGGUGGGUUGGAUGGUGUUUAAUGCACUUGAAAAGUCGAAGAACAUGAUCCUCACAUAAACCCCAGGUUCCUCCAGAUGAGACAGGGCACGGUGAAGCAUGUAGUGGACAGCAUCAUCCACUCCAAUGUGUUCUUUGUAUGCAAACUGCAGGGAAUCUGGUUUGUCUUUGACCUUAGACCUCGGAAGGCGUAGAAUCAGCCGCUCAGGGGUUUUCAUGGUGUUAAGUGAGGGCCACUGGUCUGUAGUCAUUGAGUUCAGCAGGACAUUUUGUUUUUGGUAUUGGCACAAUGCAGGAUGUUUUCCACAGAGUAGGUACCCGUCCCAGCUGUAGACUCAGGUUGAAGAUCUUGUGGAGAGGUUGACACAGUUCUGCAGCACAGUUUCUAAGCAGCCUCUUCAACUCUUGUUGCACUUGUUUGAGUCGUUCUUCGUCACCAUCUUUAAAAGUUUUCUUUUUCUGGUUAAGGAUUUCUUUUAUGUUACUUGCGAUCCGGGGUUUGUUGUUGGGGAAACAGUGAACAGUCUUUGUGGGUAUAACUGUGUCUCUACAGAAGUUUAACUCAACAGAAGUUCUGCUGUCUUUGUCAAAAAUAGCACUUGUCAGUGUAAAUGGAACACAUUCACCAAUUAAGAUGGCAACCCCCCUGGCCUUAGAGUUGAAACUAGAAUGGAAUACUUGAGCAACCCAGGGACAUUUCAGUCUGACUUGGUCUUUGUUCCUUAUGUGGGUCUCCUGCAAAAAAACCAUGUCAGGCUUUAAGCACUUUAAAUGGGAGAACACCCUGCACUGCUUGACAGCACCCCCUAAAACCCAUUAAUAUUCCAACUGAUUAACCUUACAAUUGAGCUCAUAACAUUAGCCAUGUAAAGUAUGAAUUAAGAUAGAGGCAAACAGGUUCCCAACCCCACCUUCCAGGGACAAAAAUAUAUGUAAAUAAAUGAAUGAAAGAAGAAUAAAAGAAAAGACAAAAAAGAACAGACUAACCUAACAAACUCUCCCCUAAUCCCACAACCUUCCCCAUUGCACCUACCAUUACCCCAUCCCCAAACAACAGGAUACCAGUGCUAACUCCACAAGGAGUCAUAAACCAAAAGACUAAACUCAAGGCUAUGGACUAACAUUCAUCUUCACUUUACUCCAAUGUAGCUGGAGCUCCUGCAAACAUUAACAAAAUAAACAUAUAUGGCUGAAGAUAGGGCCAACAUAUUAAACAACACAAAACUCAAAAGUAACUAUGAAACUUGUGCAAACAUAAGCAUGAAGAUGCCUAUUAGAACAGUAGGGGUUAUGGUGCCUUUUAUAUCAAAAUCAACAAAAUAUAUCUACAGUGGUGAAAUAAUAUUUAUAGCAGUUUUGUAGAUGAAGUUCAGGUCUGAGUGCCUCUGUAGCUAUGUUACGCUCUAAAGCGCCUUUGUUGAAAUGGCUUAACAACAUUAUUUCAACACAGGCGCUUUAGAGUGUAACAUAGCUACAGAGGCACUCAGACCUGAACUUCAGCAACUUUGCAAUGACAAACCCAAGUCUAUUUGAGUGUUUUCACAAAACUGCACCUUCAUCAGGUUAUGUAAACUCCCUUGUCACAUCUCCUCUUGUGAUCCAGGGACAAGGUGGAUGUAGCAGCCCAAACCUUAUGUCCCUGAGCUGGCAUCAGACGUCAUUGAAGGCUGCACUGGCUUUUGCCGUCCAUGCAGUGAGAUCUGGAAAAACGGGCUCCUUUUCCAAGCCAAAAGCAUCUUAAACCAGGGUGGAAACUGUGGCCGUGCUGACUGGAUCAUGCUCCCCGGAUAGGCCUACUAUCCUAACAUUGUUGCUGCAAGACUUCGCCUCUAAGUCCUCACAUCUAUAGUCAAGAGUGACAAAUUGGGCUGAAAGUUUGUCCACUUUACUUUUGAGUGACACAACGUUGUCAGUGUAUGUCGACAGCGACCAUCCAUAUCAUUCACAGUCCCCCUAAGCACAUCUACCUCUGACUUGAUAGUGGCCAUGUUAGCAUUUAGCUUCAAUUUAACAUUCUGCAGCUCAAGCUUGAUUAAAGUCUUGUUCUUUUGUCAUUGCCGUCUUUAAUUCAGUCUUAAAAAUGCCUACCAACUCCUCACGAAGAGCAGCGAGCAGUUCAGCCUUAAUAUCUGCAGUAGUCAUGUCUGGGAUGUAGGUAGUUUUCUGAGAAGGCAUUUUAUCAUGUCUUGCUCCAUUGGGCACUAAGCCAGAAGUCCCUACCUGCCAUUUUGAACAUGCAUAUUUCCUCUCUAUCCUGUCAUCUCCUGUUAUCUCCUGUGUCUCACCUGACUGACACCUGCCCCCCCCCCCCAAUUCAUCUCUUACCUGUGGUCCUCUUUUGUCUCAGGGUCCUGGAGGAGGCGUCAGCCAGUCAGGCCUGCAGCAAGAAGGACAACCGAGUAGACCAAUCAGGGAAGAACCGCAGCUAUGAUAUCCGCAUUGAGAACUUUGAUGUGUCCUUUGGCGAGAGGUGGGCGGAGUUUAUCCACCAUAUUGAUGCGUCUUAUUCAGUUCAAACAGAAUAUGAUCAGUAGACACAAGGAACCUCAUUUGAGGACAGUUUUGAGUUUCAGUUUUGUUUGUUGUUUUAACUUGCAUUAUUUAAUAUUUUCCUUUUCCAGGUGUUUGCUGCAGGGGGCGGAGCUAUCGCUUGCCUCUGGCAGACGGUACGGGCUGAUUGGUCGGAAUGGUUUGGGGAAAACAACGCUGUUAAAGAUGUUGGCCAGUCGAAACCUCCGCGUGCCUGCUCACAUUUCCAUCCUCCACGUGGAGCAGGAGGUGGCGGGAGACGAGACGUCGGCGCUACAGAGUGUCCUGGAGAGCGACACAGUGAGGGAGGAGCUUCUAAGCGAAGAGAAGAGGCUCAAUGCUUGCAUCACUCGAGGAAUGUAAGACUCAGGUUUAGUCAGACAGUUUGCCAGGCAGCAGUUUAUGAGCUGGUUUUAAGUUUUCAUAUGAAACAAAAGAAUGAUGGUCCAAACUGUUAAAAUGUUCAGUCACUGCAUGAACGUUUGGAGCAUGUUUUUUUUCUGGAGUGUAUCAGGCUGUGUUCUCAGACUUGAAAAGGGAGGGACUAUAUGUGUACAUCCACAGCUCUUGGCUUUGUGAAUAAUUAGGGCCGAGCCGACACUGUAAGCAGUGGCAAGAGCACUAUUGAAACGUCAGGCUUGAUGGCUCAAUUAUUUAUUAUUAUCAUUAACUUAAAAAGUUUUUCAACUUAAAAACCCUCGAGACAGGCUAAAAACCUCAUGAAAUUUGGCAGGCGGGUCAAGGAUGCGUACCAGGCCCCUACAUGGACUCCCUAGCACACCCUACAGAUUAUCAUGCUCUGGGAGUUUCUCAUAGGACUUGUGGUCCACUGAUUCCAGCUUCACUAGAUUAUAAUUGGGUGAUAAAUGUCCACCACAGGAAAUUUGACACCAAUAGCAUUCUUUGAUAUUGCUACAGAUAUGAACAGCCACAUGAAAUUAGGUACACAGGUCAGGAGGGGUGUCCUCUUGAGGGCUCUAAUGUCAAAAUGGAGAUCCAACUAAAAAUGGCUACACAGUGCCCCCUACAAAAUAAAAAAAAAAUUAAGGCCCGUCCCUGUGUGUGACCCACAGCUAUGGAAUCAGGGAUGCUUAUGAAGGACCCCAAGCAGUGGCGGUUCUAGACCAAAUUACUCCCCGGGCGACAAAAAAAGAGAUAGAAUUUUGAACAGAUAGUUUUGUAUUACUAUGUAGUAUUAUUAUUAUAACAACAAAAAUAAUAUAUUUCUCAAUUGCAGAAAUCCUUCAAUAGAAAAAAACACAAUCCCGAGGGCCAUUUUGAGAAGGGCCCCCAGAUCCUGAGGUUUUCUAAAGUGUUGAGGUUUACAAAAAAGCUGCUAUCUCGGCCUCUGUAGUAGAUAGAAACAAAAUUCAAAAAGUAUUUGAGAGCUUAUACAUGUGGCUUUCAAGAAAGCUCUCUUUUAGUUUUGCGAACCUUCAUCACAUUUUGAAAACCUUGAACAAACAAACUCAAAUGAAAUAAAGCGGCUGUAUAAAUAAAAGUAAAGGCUCUGCACUGGAGAAUGACAAAUAAUUUGCUUUCUGUAAAACAAGUGGCAGUCAUGAUAAAGUGUCCAUUCAAUACAAAUGUAAAUAUAGAAAAUAAGGUGUUGAAAGGGUAUACAGCUGCCCCAGUAUAGUGCCAGUACAAAAGCAGAACUAAAAACUAAAAAAUGAAUAAAUAAAUACGAGGCUGACAGUGUGUUCAUCUCUGUUCUCACCCAAAGUCAUGCAAUACUCAGAGAAAACGCUGAUAGUGUGAGCCAGAGCACUCCAUAUGAAGAGGUUGUUCACACUGCUGGAUGUUUCUCCUCUGAAGCUGCUCUCUGCCUCCGUCAUUGUUUACUUUACUCACUUACUCAAGCUCAUCAAGCACGUAGCAGGAUCCGAGCAUGAACCCGAGCGCUUUAUUCGCCUAUUAAAGGCAGACGGGUACGGUGAUUUCAUUCACAGCGACUCCAGAAAUGAUUAAAAAACUACAAAAUGACGUAUCCGCGCUCCCGCUGAUAUGCUGACAUGCGUACACAGAGCAGAGCUGUCCCCCCGCGACUCUCUCCCCGCCUCGUCUCCUACAGUCUGUCAGCCUCUGUGCAGCACCUUCGGAGCAAGCAGGGGCGCCUACAGCAGCGGGGGGGCGCCAAUUUGACAACAAGAGUUAAUACAAAACCGCUUUGCGGUUAAGAUUUAUUAUUAUUAUCUUUUAUUUUAUUUUUUUGGAAGUGCUCGUGCCGCCCCCCGUGAGUCAUGACACAAAUGCCGCCCCGGGCGGCUGCCCUGUUCACCCGUGCCUAGAACCGCUACUGACCCCAAGACUAACUAAAAGCCUCCGGCCAGACCCAUGGGCUAUACCCAACAGGAAGUUGUCCAUAUUGGUUUGAAAAUUUGCAUUUUGAGAUUUUCAUUCACUUUUAAAGCUCUUUUCAAAAAGUAUCUUCUCCCAGGGAUUUAUUAAUAGAGAGUUGAAACUGCAGCUACAGGUACUCACGAUGGUCUACUUUGAUGUACAACAUUUGUGAUUAGGCUUACUUUAGCAACAGUGCCCCCUCAAACACAAGUAGGGCCUUUUGCAAGUCCCUACAAAUGGCCACCUCCAAAGCAAACCGAUUUCCAGUUUUUAUGUUAUUUCUCUUCCAGUAUGUAGCAAAGACCUUGAGGAAAACCAUAUCAGAAAAUCACAAAUCUAAGUCAAAGUGUGUGGCCAUGUUGCCCUUUUCACAUUGAUGUUUUUACACUUUAAAUGAGCCACAACACUCAAAGGCAGCCACAAGUACCAACCAACAUAAAGGUUCAGGCUGUUGUGGAGAGCACUGCACUAGGGAUUGCGGGUGAUGCGACAGUGUGGCGGUGCGACACUGCUCAGUCCUGUCAGUGCCCUGCGGGAUGCUAGUUGAAUGUUCUCACUUUAGAUCAGUUCCCUGUAAAGAGUUAAUAUGUAAGCUUGACUCACUUUAGAGCUGCGAGUCCUGGCUGUCUCCAGCCCUAUGGCUUUAGACCACAGGUACACUGUGUCACGGUUGUUGAUGAGGCAGAAUGGACAGAAGGAGAUGAACUCAUAUAUGUGUGUCUGUCUUUCAGCACUGAGGGGAUGGAGAUUAUCAGACUAUCGGAGAUCUACAGCAAGCUAGAGGAGAUGGAAGCUGACAAAGCUCCUGCACGGUAACUAAGGCAACCACACAGCCUCAUUGAUAAAACCUAUAGCUGUACUACUUUGUGGCAGUAUUUACCAGGCUUUCCUUAAAGCUGCUUUAAAAAAUUUAUAAAAGGAUCUCAUAAAACAAAGAUGAUCAUAAGCUUCAGAGUUAGGCUGGAGAUCAACUGCAGUUCCAAUGAGCAUCAGCAAGGGACAAGAGAGUCCACUUUAGACUGCUGACUCCCAUUUUUGUUUUUUUUUAAUCGAUGUCUGUCUUAUCUAAUCAGAGCCUCUGUCAUCCUGGCUGGCCUGGGAUUCUCCCCCAGAAUGCAACAGCAAGCUACGAAGUAAGCAAACACACAGACACACACAAACAAUUGUUUUUGUCACUUUGGAGGAUUGAGGUUCAGAGAUUAGUAAUUUACAGUCACUGAAACCUUCACAAAAAGACUGCAUGAACAUGCACACUGUUUAACAUUCUAGGUUUUAAAUUUAAUUUUGUGAAGUCUUAAAUCCUUACAUCCAUUUACCACAUUCGCUUUUUUGUUGAAUGCAUUGGUGAUAUCCAUAAUUAUAGGGCUUAACACUUUACCAGCCAUAGGGCCGGUGCUAUGUUUUGUAUGCCCGGUGUGUUAUUACCGUAACUCCGUCAAAGUUUGUCUGAUCAGAAAAAUGUAACGGUGCUGGAAGGCUGAGAGUUGUGGGCAUGCACACAUAUGAUUUACAUGGUAGUCGUUACCAUUUGAGGUAGGCAGUCAUUACAAAACACAGAAAGUAUCGGCAGAGCGCUACACAGUUUGUCGACACCGUAACUCUUUGAAAGUUUGCUCAAUCCAAAAAUUUUAACUGCUGACAGACAGCUAAGUAUCUGUGCUUUCUGUUAAUAUAUGAUGUAUGGUAUAUAUUACAGUAAUCUUGAACAGUAUCGCCAAAACUGCAACUUUGACAGGGACGAGGGAGAAAAGGAGAGUAGAGUAAUAGAGUGUUCAAGUACUCUGAGAAAAAGAGACCUUAGCUCUCAGACUUUGGGCAUUUUCUGACCAUUUUACAGCCAUUAUAACAAAAUAUAUCUUAAAAUCGCUAUUUGUAGCCUUAGUAGCACUGGAUUUCCGGCGUGGCGCCGGACAACUAAUAUGGUCACUCGUAACUAGGGGUGGAACGGUUCACAAAAUCCACGGUUCGGUUCGUAUCACGGUUUUGUGGUCACGGUUUUCGGUUCGGUUCGGUAUACAUUGACUGUUACAAAAAUCAAUUGCGUCUUGUAUAGUAAACUGAAAGAAUGAGGCAGUCUGACAUUCAAUACAUCAUUGUGACAGUCUUAGGUUAAAAGGUAGGUCAAAUUCUGGAAGUGCAAGAGAGGAGACAUAGUUCCAACAUGCUUUACAUUUAUUUGGCAAAGGAUAUCUCUAUCUAUCUAAACAAAAAGUAAAAUGGCUCUUAUGGCUCUGACCCUUGAAUUAGUGCAUACAAAAGAAUUUAACUUUACUAUUUUACAAACAACAUUAUAUACCAUCAACAUAAAGUGAAGCAUAGGCUCUAUCAGCACUAGACUUAUGCCCUUUUAAAAUCAACACAAAAACAACAUGUUUCUCGUAACGUAACAUGUUUCAGCUCCCUGAUUAUUGGUUGUUCAUGAAAAGCUCAGUAUUUUUCACUUGAAAUUGAAGUGCAGUGAAAUACAAUCAAAGAAAUCAGGCUGUAGUUUUGAUCAAACUUUAAGUGUCACUGUGUUAUCUAAACUCUACACAAAAUGAAAUAAAUAAUCCAAAUUAAGAGGUCAUCAAUAUAAAAUGCAGCAUAAACCAAACUUAACAGAUCCUGCGCUCUCCUGUACUCUCUCACACAACUCUGCUCAUUGUAUCAUCAUGUUCUUCUGCAAGAAGAUCAGUUUGUCCACAUUCUCUGCCAAGAGACGAGAUCUACUUGCAGUGACAAUAUCCCCUGCUGUAGAGAAAACUCUCCCACUUGGUACAGAUGUACCUGGGACUGUGAGGUAACGUCUGGCCAACUUAGCAAUGUGAGGAUAUUUAUGCUCAUUGCUCUUCCACCAUGCAAGGGGAUCUGCAUCCACAGAGAUGCAGCCUGUGACCCUGUAUGACAUGACCUCCUCCUCAAUGAUCUCGGACAAUGGCUUUGUGGUUUCUCUCUCUGUUGGAAAGAGCUCUCCAAAAAGCUCUGCCAUGGCAGAUCUUUUCUUGGGAGGAGAUGACUUCCCUGAUGCCUCUGGCUCCCCAGCUGAGGAUGAACUGUCCACCUGGGCUUCUCUGGGUUGACCCUGCUUGAUAAAAUGACAAAUUGCAUGCAUAAUAGUUUUAAAAAUAAUGCUAACAACAAACACUUUCAUAGCAGCAAAGUGACAAAAAUUCGUAUUAUUUUUUAAAAAACAACAGAGAAGUAGCAAUGAUAAUAAAAUACAAUUUAGCAGUAAUUAUGAUAAUGAAAAAGUGUUGCUGGUUACCGUGAGCUUUAUUCAGCGUCAAAAAAAAAAGGAACAACGUCGCAGUUAGCAGGUAGGAAAAAGCAUCAGAGACAUCAGACAACAGCGCCACCUUUUGGUGAAAUUACUGUACUACAACACUCCCACUUAAUUUUACCAUGCUAUUAAGAACUUUUAAAUAAUACAGCAGAACUGUCUCUUCUUCACAAAAUGAUAAAGUAAAUGUUUACAUAACAUCAAGGACUUCCUCUCCCCUUUUUUUUAAAUUUGUCAUUUGUAUUUGUACUCUUAUCAUUUGUCUUCAACAAAUUUUACAGACUUAUUCUGGAACUCUUUUUCACAUGUUUUCAAACUUUUGUAUACAUAACCUUUACUGGAACUCUUUUUCACGUUUUUAAACUUUUAUACAUUGCUUUUACUGGAACUCUUUUUCACAUGUUUUAAGCUUGCUUUGACUAGGCAGCGUUCGGCGUUCACCUGUCAAGCAUAGACAACCACUCUUACAUAGAAAAAAGUCUGAUCGCCUCCCUCAAUUUUUCAAAUCUCUGUUUGGUCAAAGGCUUGGUCAAAAUGUCUGCUUUCAUGUCACCUGUUGGACAAUACUGAAGUUCUAUUUGUCCACCCUGCACACAUUCACGGAUGUAGUGGUAGCGAAUGUCUAUAUGUUUGGUUCUUGAGUGGUCCACGGGAUUCUUCGCGAUUGCGAUGGCUCCUUGGUUGUCCUCCAGGAUCACUGUGGGCGUGGCCUCCACUCCAAGGUCACACAGUAAACGUCUCAGCCAGAUACCCUCCUGAGCAGCUUGACUGAGUGCGACAUACUCUGCUUCUGCUGUUGACAGUGCAACAGUUGCCUGUUUCUUGCUGAGCCAGCUCACAGCUCCACUACUUAGUAGAAACAUGUUGCCUGUUGUUGAGCGACGGUCAUCCUGGUCACCAGCCCAGUCAGCAUCUGAGAAUCCAGUCAAAGCUCCAGAAUCCGACUGCUCAUACUUGAGUCCAAGAUUCACUGUCCCUUUUAAGUAUCUGAAGAUCCUCUUCACAGCAGUCAGAUGCGCAGCAUUGGGAUUUGCGUUGAACUUGGACACAGCACUCACAGCUUGAGCUAUGUCUGGUCGUGUGGCCAUGGCUGCAUACAGUAGACUUCCAACCAUUGACUGAUAGUUUUGUUGGUGUACUGGUUUGCUGACACUGUCACUUUUCUUCAGUUUGACGUUAGCAUCAGCAGGAGUUGCAACAGAAUUUGCCUUAUCCAUUCCAUAUUUUUGAAGUAUGGCUUCAAUGUAAUGUUUCUGAUGAAGGAAGACACAGUUUUUCUCUUUGUCUUGAAUCACAGAAACGCCCAGGAUGUAAGACAACUCACCCAAGUCUUUCAUCUUGUAUCUCUCUUUGAGAGCUGUUUUCAGCUCGUCCAUACUCUCAGUCGACUCUGUUAUUAGAAUGUUCCAUCCAAGUUCCAUCAUGAACCCUGUAAACGCCUUGCUCCAGCAACGAGGAGACUGCUUCAGUCCAUAGAUUGAUUUUUUCAGAUUGCACAGUAAGUGUUCCUGCCCAGGUCUGAUGUAGCCCUCUGGUUGCUCCAUGUAGAUAUCUUCUUUCAGGUGUCCAUUGAGGAAUGCAGUUACAACAUCCAUCUGGUGCACAUGAAGAUUAUUUUGCACAGCAAAGGACAGUAAUGUGCGAACAGAGCUGAACCGUACCACAGGUGAAAAUGUCUCAUCAUAGUCAGCACCGUACAUUUGUGAGUAGCCCUUUGCGACAAGUCUGCACUUGUAUCUCUCUACUCGUCCAUCACUGUGAUGCUUGACUUUAAACACCCAUCUUGAUCCUACUGCUUUCCUUUCUUUUGGUAAAUCCACUAAGUCCCAUGUCUCAUUUUCCUGCAGCGACUCAUAUUCCAAAUCAGCUGCCUCUUGCCAUUCUUUUGCAUUUUGACUCAGCAUUGCUUCUUUCAUUGUGAGUGGCUCUGUCACACAACACAUAUUAGCAUGAUGAUCAACAACAACUGUAUCUGCAAACUCAUCAUAUCCAUAUCUCCUUGGAGCAUUUCUGACUCUCCCACUUGUUCUGGCAGUAUCACUAGCAGUGACCUCACCUUGUGCUUCACUCUCAUCCGUUUCCAUGUUUAUCUCAGUCUCUGAGCAGGGGAUUUCUGCAUCCUGAUUCCAGUCAAAGUUUCACUCGUUGAAGACAACAUCACGACGAAUCAGAAUCCUCUUUUUCUCUUCAUCAUACAGGCGAUAUCCCUUAGAGUUGUUUGCAUAUCCCACAAAACGAAGCUUUACUGCCUUUUUGUCCAGUUUUCGCCUCUCUUCAUCUGGAAUAUGUGCAUAAGCAACACAUCCAAACACCCUCAUGUGACUCAUGUCAGGUUUCUUUUCAUACCAUCUCUCAUAGGGUGUCUCUUGUUUCAGUACUGAUGUAGGUAGCCUGUUCUGUAUGUAAGCUGCAGUAGCUACAGCUUCUGCCCAGUACAUCUUUGGCAGUUUUGCAUGUGAAAGCAUACUUCUAGCUGCUUCAACCAGCAUCCUGUUCUUUCUCUCCGCGACACCAUUUUGUUGUGGUGAGUGAGGUACAGUCACUUCAUGUUGAAUGCCUUGAGCUUUCAAAUAUUCUUGAAACUCCUUUGAUGUGUACUCACCACCGUUGUCGGUUCGCAACCUUUUUACAGUCUGUCCACAUUCAUUUGAGAAUGUUUUUUCGAACUCCUUGAAUUUGGCUAGCACCUCAUUCUUCUGUUUCAAAAAGUACACCUUGCAGCAUCUGGAGUAAUCAUCAAUGAAAGUCACAAAAUAUUUUGCUCCACCAAUAGAUUCAGUCUGCAUGGGACCGCAGACAUCGCUGUGAAUCAGCUGCAUCCUGUGUUUGGAGCGGAUUCCUCCAAUCGACUUGUAUGGCUUUUUAGACAGCUUGCCUUCCACACAUCCUUCACAGAAGGGAACCUCUGUAUCUGCAGAGAGGUCCACUCCGUUAACCAGAUCUUUCAGUUCCUUCAGCUUAGUAGUGUGUCCCAGGCGCCGGUGCCAUAGACUGGCUGCUACUGAUACAUUGUGACAGACAGGUGAACCUCCUUCAACAUCCAGCUGAUACAGUCCAUCAGUUCUUUGCGUUCCCAUUCCUUGAAGAGUUCCAUUUUUUCCUCGAAUGUAGCAGUGAGACCUCUUGAACUGCACUGUAUUUCCUCUUUUGAUAGCAGCUCCCACUGAGAAAAGAUUCCCGGACAGCUUUGGAACGUACAGCACAUCAUGCAUUUUGACAUUUUUCACAGCACUUAUUUUGAAAGUCAUUUUCAUGGUAACAUUUCCAAUUCCUAGUGCGUCAACCACCCUGCCAUCACCCAGUUUCACAGACUGUGCUUUUGUGAAUUCCUGAUAUUCUUGCAGAAUUUCCUUAUCACAGGUCAUGUGUUUAGAUGCUCCUGAAUCAAUCAACCAUUGAUCCUGCUGUGAUCGGUCACUCAGAUUUGCAUCUUUGCUGACAAAAGCACAUUCCUCUUCUGCAUUGUCACACAUCACACUUUUGGCUUUGUGGACUUUCUUUUUACCCUUUUGUUUGAAGUUUGGACAGUCACGUUUAAUAUGACCUUCUUUUCCACAUUUAUAACACCGCCACGUGUUGGGUCUUUCUGCUCCCCCUGACCUUGAACUGUCCUGCAUAUUGCCCCUUAGCUGGGAUGACAUGGCUGAUGCACCGCCUGACGUAGCAACACUGUAGCUUCCGUUAAAAUUCAUCCGCUUUUGCUCUUCAUUUAUUAAUGCUUGCUGAACAAACUGCAGUGUCAAAUCGUCAAUCUUUGUUUCUAAUGCAGUGACAAUGGUAGCAUAACUUGGUGGCAAACUACCCAGAAGUGUUACAAUUUGAUCUUCUUCUUCAAUUACAGCUCCUAUGGCUGAUAGAUGAUCGGUCAGUUCUUUCAUUUGUUUCAAAUGUUCAGUUAAACGAUCUCCUUCCUUCAUUUCACAUCGGAAAUACUCUUUCUUCAGGAAAAGUUUAUUUGCUAAUGUGUCUCUUUCAAAAUGUUCCUUCAGCGUAGUCCACGCUUCUUUGGGAGUCUGGCAACUCGUGAUCAAGUACAACUGGGGCGUACUCACGUUCAGCAGUAACAUGGAGAAUGCCUUCUCUUUCCGUUUUGUGAACUCGGCUUGCGCUUGAGCGUUGGCAUCUGCGACUAACGUGUCCGUCUCCGUUAGCAUCCCCCACAGUCCUUUAGCCUUUAGCAGGUGUUCCAUCUGAAACUUCCAUGUUGCCCAAUUCUCUGGACCGCUCAGCUUGUCUAUAAACAGCUUCUCUUCCAUUGUGGAAACCCACAACACUGUUUACUUCCCACUCUUUAGCGUAGCUCUGGGCCCAUAACCUGUUGCUGGUUACCGUGAGCUUUAUUCAGCGUCAAAAAAAAAAUAGGAACAACGUCGCAGUUAGCAGGUAGGAAAAAGCAUCAGAGACAUCAGACAACAGCGCCACCUUUUGGUGAAAUUACUGUACUACAACAAAAAGAACGAUACCUGCUCUUUUAUUUCCAUGAUUUCCCUGGUGACAUCACUGUAGAUUUUCUGAACAGAAGCUUCUUCCAAGUAGGGCAGGGACUUAAAUCUUGGAUCCAGGGCUGUGGUUCUGUGCAGAUAGUCCUGAAGCUCAGGGUUCCCAUAUCUGACUUCCAGGUCUUUGGUGGUGGCUGCCUUGGCAUCUUUGAUGGUGGCGCUGUCCUCCUCUUCAUUUGGAUUUUAGUAUCAUCUUCUGCAGAGGGAUGAUCAUGGACACUGAGGGGGACGUUUCUGUGCUCAUGAGGGUUGUCACAUUCUUCAGAGGUUUGAGAAUCUUGAUUAGGUCCUCUGCAAGUUUUGCCUCACUGUCAGUCAAAACAGAAAUGUCCUUAAGAUGUUUCUUAACAUCUUUGUCCAUCAGGGCAGAGUAGAUGGCAGCCUGCUGUUCCAAAUAACGCUCCAGCAUGUCAUAUGUUGUGUUCCAGCGGGUAGGGACAUCGUGUAUUAGUUUAUGAACUGGCAAUUCCAGCAUCCCCUGUUUGGUUUUUAGGGCAUGGGUGGCUGUUGUGCUGAGAUGGAAAAAUGUUAACACCUUCCUCAUCUUCCCCAGGAGUCGUGAUAGUUGAGUUAUUGAUACUGCAUUCUUAGCUGCCAGAUUGAUUGUAUGUGCAAAGCAGCCAAUUUGUGGACCCAGUCCAGCUGUUGCAUUGACUGCAUUCACCAUAUUUUUGGCGUUGUCAGUAGUAACAGGAAUUGUACUGCUGUCCCUUUGCAACUUCCAUUCUGUCACCGCUUCUGUCAGUGCUUCAGAAAGAUGCUCGCUUGUGUGGCUCUCAUAAAGGGGGUAUGUCUGUAAAACGGAGCUUUUCAUCUCCCACUCUGAGGUAAUGUAAUGGACAGUCACAGUCAGGAAACUUUCAGUUGCCCUGGAGGUCCAUCCAUUGGUAGUAAGAGCAACAUAGGCUGUGUCUAGGGUUGGGAAUCGAGAAUCGAUGGGAAUCGGGACUAAAACUUCGAUUCUUCCGGUAUCGUUCAAAUAUUAAAAUUUCGAUUCCAAGUUUCGAUGCCAGAGUCCGCCGACCGGAAGAAAUAGCCGCCGAAAAUCAACGAAGAAGAAGCCGCUUAACACCAAUGAGGACGGAGCGUAUGAGACGAAGCCACACAGAGAGAGGGGAGAGACAGAGAGAGAAAGUACAUUGCAACCCACAGCAAUGCAGCCGCUGUGGGUUACAAUCUCUCUCUGUCUCUCUCCUCUCUCUGUGUGGCUUCGUCUCAUACGCUCAUUGGUGUUAAGCGGCUUCUUCUUCGUUGGUCAAAAGUUUGGCUAACUUUAGCAGGAAGAAUGAGCUCUUAUCUCAAUGCAACAUUAGCAAUUCAGUUAUAUCAUGCAAAGGAGGGUAAACGACCAACGUGAUUAAACACCUCAGGAUUCAUGGAGGAGAAAUACCCGAGUGCUCGUCUUUGACGCGCUUCGCCGGUGUUGUGCCAGAGAAUCUACCCCUGCUGUUGAAUGCACCCCUGACGGGAGCGCGAUUGAAAGUACACAACAAGGCGAAACAAUCCAAGUUUUUCUUACCGUUGAACGGAAUCUAAAGCGUGUGCCUUUAAUGAUUUCAUUCAGGCUAUUCAGAUAUGCCGAAAACAAUAGCCCUCUGAUUUGGAAUAUUUACUGUCCUGAAAAUAUAAUGUUCUCUACAUUAACAGCUUACUCUACAGUUUAUAUACCCAAGUACACCUUUAUGUGUGCAUUUUUGAGACACAUACAAACAAAAUGAAAGUUUACUGCUCCAUUUGACACGUUUUCAUGAUCUAAUACCCGUGUUUUUUUAAAUAUGAGAUCAUAUUUCUUCCACUAAGAAGCUAAUCAGUGUAGGGGAGGCAUUCUACGGCAGGGGUGCAUUCUACAGCACAACACCUGUCUUCCGCUAACCAGUCAGGAUCAGAUAAGUGAAACAAUAAAUGACUUCUGUACUCUGCUAACUUUGAAACGGUAAAGAAAUUGAACUGUGUACGGUGAGUAAACUUAAAUAUCCAACUAACGUUAGCCCUUGUACUUUUUCAUAGACAAACGACCUGAAAACAAAAAUUGAUAUUUAUAUACUGGUUGAAAAUAGCUCUGUGAGAAAUCCAUAGUAAAGUUCUUAAAAAGUUAAUAGGAUUUAAAAAUUCAUGGAGAAGUUCAGAAAUUUCAUCCAAAAAGAAGAGCCCCGGUUAGCACCCUCAUUCAAACCAUGCUUUUUUUUUCUUUUUUCUUUUUUCUUUUUGAUAUCCUGCCUUUUAAAAGAAUCGAAUUAGAGAAUCGAUAGGAAUCGGAAUCGGAAUGAGGAAUCGAAAUCGUUCAAAAUCAAACGAUACCCAACCCUAGCUGUGUCAGACAGUUCUUUCUCAAUUCCCCGUCGGAUCUUUUCAUAAAGUGCGGGAAUUAUCGUGCCGCUGAAGUGUUUGCGGGAGGGGAUCUUAUAUCGUGGCUCUAGCGCCUUUAUCAUGCACUGAAAUCUCGCACCCUCAACCGCGGCGUAAGGUUGCAUAUCUUUGGCGAUGAAACACCCCAGUGCCUUUGUUAUGCCCUUCGCCCUGUCCGACUCGUCAUUGUACGGCUGUUUAAAAGCUGCGGGGAGAAUAAGUUGUGCAGCCUUGCCCUUCCUUGCGCUGUCAACAGCCACACUGGGAUGAUGUCUCCGUAAAUGAACUGACAUGUUAGAUGUGUUCCCGUUAGCAUAAGCAAUGCGUGUUGCACAGUACUUGCACACUGUCGCACUUUUAUCCACAACUUUCUUACCGCCUUCGUAGUUCACCCUGAACGCAAAAUGCUCCCAUACACCAGACCUAUAUAACGCUGGUGGCGCAUUCUCCAGCCCCGAGUCUUCUCCGCUCGCCAUGUUUACAGCUCCUCUACAACUGAUUUCCGGGACACACCCAUAGUUGCGCAUGUGUAUGACCCGAACCGGAUGCAAGCGCACCGAACCGGGACGGUCGAACCGAACGGUUCAGUUCGGUUUCUUAAACCGUUCCAUCCCUACUCGUAACAGAUAAAAAAUAAAAAAAAUAAAAAUUCUAUUAACUCCCAUGCUCCUUCAGCUAAAAUAAGAUUCUCCUGCAUUGGCACAAACGUUACUCUUAGAUAUAGCGUUGUUAUUACAACUUUAAUAAACGUUAUACAUUGUCUUAUAGUUGUCCAUAUAGGACUGCAUAUAACAGAUGGUGUCCGCUUGUCAGAGUUGAAUAGUCACUGGCUAUUUUACACAUUCAGUUGUAGUAAUCAUAAUUAUUGAAGAGUUGUAGUCAGGGCAAUAACCAAAUAUAUCGAAAAUAAAUUUCCCUCAAUAUCAAUAUAAAACAUAGUCGAUAUACUUUUUGAUAGUUGGCAUUCUGCCAUGUUUUGGUAGACUAAGAAUAAGAAGAACUUAAGUAAAUUGGCUAUUUUAUACGAAUUGCCAAUGAAAAGGGAAAUUGCUCCGGGUCUGCUUCGCGCUUAACCAAUCAUGUGAUGAAAUAGAACCAAGUAGCAAACAACUUCGUAGUAAUAUGCUGCAGCUACACGCAACCAUAGCAUUUUAUCAUGUGAAUCCGGAAGCACCGUUAGUGAGAGAAAAAGAAAAUGAGUGCUACCUCAGCAGAAAUGCAGAUGAAGGUUCAACAGAUGAUAACAUCGCUGACAACACUGGCAAGAAAACGGUGGUGUGGAGGUAUUUUGGCAUUUUAAGGUUGAGUAUGAAGCAGAGUAAUGUGCACUGUUCUCGACAUAAUCUGCAGUGCACCUCAAAUCUUUUUCACCACCUGAAGCAGUGCCACACGGCAGAGCACACGCAAUGCACAAUGAUACAAACCCUGAGCGGAGUAAGGAGCCCAUGGCGCCUGUGCAGCCGAAACAGCCGACCAUUUAGUCCACUUCCUCUAGCGCAACGCCUUAUGACAAAACGUUGAAGAGGCACAAAGACCUCACAGAUGCAGUAACUUAUUGCAGGGGUUCCCAGACUUUUCCAUGCCAAGGCCCCCAAAUAGCAUUAGCUUCUGGCCGGGGACCCCCUAUGCAAACCUACUAACAAUAUACGAUAUGCUAUGCCAUAGUAUAUCAUAUAUUGUCAGUAGGUACGUCGUGAGUGAUGUUUUGAUUUGCAGGCAAUUAAAAAGAUGAGAAUGACAAAUUAAAUUUCGCUAUGUUGUAUUGAUAGAAAUUAUAUUUUAUAAUAAGACUGAGAAAUAUAUAUAUAUUUUGAUUUUCUUUUUCCUUUUUUUCUCAUCUUCCCUCCAACUUUUUGCGGCCCCCCUAGCACCCUAUGGCGGCCCCCAUGGGGGUGCACCCCCAAUUUGAAAAAGCAGUGGCUUAUUGUAUUGCAAGAGACAUACUACCAACAGUGCUUAAUUUGUCCUCCAGGAGGUGCUGGGUCCCCCUCCGGAGCGCGCGUGCGCCGUAAAAAUAUGCUUUUUUUCUUGUGUUUUUAUUGUCUUUUUCACCUUAAUUUCCGCACCUACCUAGUAUAACAUUUGCAGCAACAUUUGGCACACCAUGUGGCCCAUCAGAACACUUGGAAUCAAUUUGGAAUGAGCAAUAUAAAUAACUGACAUAUUGCAAGCAAACAUAUUUUUAUUGUUAACAGAUUUCUUUGACACCAGUAUAGCCAGUCUUACUCUUAGUGUGUCACUGUCACCUAAGCACCACAUCAGAAAAAUAAAAUACAAUAAAUUAAACAAAAACCUGAGAAUUUAAAAUAAAGAAAAAAUUAGACUAAAAGGUCUCUAUUUGGAAGGAGGAAAUUUAAAACAUAAAUGACCAAACAUCACGAGAAUGAUGUGUUGUGCACACUGCACAGUAAUAAUGUAUCCAACCAAACUUAACAGGCAGCAGAUACAGUUUGAUUAAAUGUCCUGUCUAUUUGCCAAGUUGUUGUGUGCUUUGUCCAUGAAUAACUUUAUGCUUGUUGACCGAUUGUCUUCUCUUGUAAACUGUAGUCACCACAAAGGCCUCCCAGCUCCCCUACUCCUGUCUCUCUGACUCACUGGCUCUCCUGUCCUCGCUCCAUGUAGUUUCCCUUCAAAUGGAGGGGAAAUUGAAUUAGGACUGAAUGUUUUAUUUUAAAAAGAAAGCCUAAACAGAGUGUCACUGUGACGUGUUGUCAAUCACGCUGCAACUGUACAUACACACUAGGCCUGGACGAUAUAGAAAAAAAGCAUAUCGAUAAAAAAUAAAUCAUAUUGAUCGAUAUCGAUAAUUAUCGAUAUAAUUAUUAUAAUUAUUUAACAUGUAUUUUAAUUGCAGCCCUGGAUGUUUUAUGCUAUGUCUUAAUGACCUACUUUUAAUAAAGAACACACAAGCACUGAAUUCAAAUUCAAACCUUUAUUCAACCACCUUUUUUUUUUUCCACAACUGAAAGUUUUUUAAAAAAGAACUUAAAAAAAAAAAGAAAUCAACUGAAGUGGCCUGAGUGAUGUCAGUAAAUACUGACAAACAUAAAGACUUAAGUGACCAGAAAAUCAGAUAAAUAAAUAUUCAAAUAGUCUUUUGAUGAAAAUAAACAAAACAAAUAUAUAAAUAAACAGAAUAGCUUUAGGUGGGAAUAGCAUACUACCAGUUUUAACUGUGUGGGAAACUGCCCACAGCCUGGUGUCUGAACACUGAAAUAUUUCUCCCGGGGUCGGGAGAUUUAUUUUUUUAAUUAUCAUGUGAUUGACUUAAUACGCAAACUGAGCACGAGAAGCAGGACUUAUCCACGCCGGUGUUGUGUCGUAGAAUGCACCCCUGCCGAAUGCACCCCCUGCUAGUAGCCAUGAUCCAAAUACUCGCGUCUUUGUAAAAUAUGAGCUAAUUUUCUUCCACUUUAAGAAGCUAAUGAGUGGACGGGAUGCAGGGGUGCAUUCUACAGCACAACACCGGAACGUAUUUCCUCCGCAUCCUUCUCACCUUUUCAACCCCUGACCCAUUUUCAUGCCUGAAGCGCUGUGUUUGAGAAAUACUUGCGGCCAGGCACUUCAUAUCGCGGGUCGAGAGUGGCUAGAAGCUGGUCGAAGCCAGGCAUUUCAACGGUAGUUAUUGGCAGUAUGUCCCUCGCUAUGGAGCAUGUUACUGCAUGGGUGAUGUCCUUAUGCCGCUCGGACGCUUUGUCGUAUUUUUGGCAAGAAACGAAGUCCAGUUUGGUCUGCUUCACUUGCUUUGUGCUGGUGCUAGCCGCGGUUCCAGAGGAUUCCUCCUCCGACGACGUGGAGCCGCGGCGCGGCCGACACAGCUCGUACUCCUGCGGGUGCGACCGGUAUAGAUGGUAAAACAAGUUGGUUGUGUUACCAGACUUGGUUUUUACUAAUUCUCUGCAAAUUUUGCAAACGACCGCUGUUUGCUUUUUGUCAGACUUCUUAAAACCAAAACAUUGCCAUGCUGGUGAACUACUGAAACCUUUUUUCGGGACAAUGUCCUCCGCUUCUCCUUGCUGUAACAUUUUUUCUAAUACACGUGCUGUCUGUUGUGGUUUGAGAGGGGCUGGGCUUGGUGCUGUAGCGUACCUGGGUCUGCGUUUGUGAUUGGUGGGAGGAAGUAAUGACUGUAGUAAAAGCUACAUGAUAGGCUAUGAUGAAAAAGAAAGGGAAACUGUGUUUUUCUAUCGAACUUUUUAUCGACCCGUUUUUUUUCUAUCGCACCACACGUCUAUCGAUCGAUAUAUAUUGUUAUCGAAUUAUCGGCCAGCACUAAUACACACACUCGCGUAUUUGCGCGCGGUGCGGAAACAAUACCAUCUGCGGAAACCCUGUUUAUGUGUGUUAACAUCUGUGUGUGUGUGUGUGUGUGUGUGCGUGUGCGUGUGCGUGUGCGUGUGCGUGUGCGUGUGCGUGUGCGUGUGCGUGCGCGUGCGCGUGCGUGUGCAGGGAGUUUUCAGGAGGAUGGAGGAUGAGGUUGGCGUUAGCCAGAGCUCUGUUUGCUCGGUGAGUUUUACUUUCUUUGCAUAAAGAACUUUAUCUCCUGUAGUUCAUCAGGGUAACCAUGCAGAUGCUGCAGAGACCCUCCUGAGUCAGGUCCUUCACUGAUCUUUAUUAUCCUGUUUUUGUUUAUCAGGCCAGACCUGCUGCUGCUGGACGGUGAGUCUGAUCCUCUUUAGGACACAAAAACAGUUCUCUGUGAGGAAGGAAAGGGCGGAGAGGCCAGGGAACAGAGUGAGAACAGGAGUAACAGCAGGUGGAGGAGUAAUGGGAGUAACAGCAAGAGGAGGAGUAAAGGAGUAACAGCAGGAGAAGGAAUAAAAGGAGUAACAGCAGGAGGAGGCGUAAUGGGAGUAACUGCAAGACGAGGAGUAAAAGAAUGAGUAUCUGGAGGAGUGGGUUGAGAUUUGAAGUAAAGGGAUUACAUGAGUGGGCGGAGUUAAAGGUGUAAUAAGGAGGUAGAAUGGUGUAGAAGGAGGAGGACAGGGCAGAAGGAGCUGGAGUAAAUGGAGGUAUCAGCUACAAGAGUUUCCGUCAAUUUGGUUGUAGAGAGAGUAUCAGUAAUAGUACUGCAGUCCUGGGACAGGAAUCGUUAAAUGAAGCGGAGUACUGGUUGUACACUGGUGAGCUAUGGUAAACACAGUAGUUUGUAGUAAUGGUACUGUAGUAGUGUUAUACUAGGUAGUAUCAAUAGUGCAUUAGUAGUGUUUUUGUUUAUGUUCGUAUUCUCUGCAAUACACAGUGUCUAGGACUCAUUAUCGAAUUUGACCAUAGGGGUAAAUAAAGUUCUUCAUAUCUUAUUGUAUUUUAUGUCAAGGAUUGGUCAUGUAGAAGUAUGUAUAGAAUUAGCAGUAUUAGCGAUAGUACUGUGAAGUAUUUGUACUGUGUUUCAGAGCCCACCAACAUGUUGGACGUGAGAGCCAUCCUCUGGUUAGAAAACUACCUGCAGGUCUGAACUAGCUCUCACUGUUACAUCAGCAUUCCUCAUUCAGAAUUAUGGGUAAGUUAGCCAGGAGCUAAUCAGUACCAACACCUCCCUCCUCAGACGUGGCAAUCCACCAUCCUGGUUGUCUCCCACGACAGGAACUUCCUUAAUGCCGUGGUCACUGACAUUAUCCACCUGCACUCUCAGAGGCUGGAUAGUUACCGCGGUGACUACGAGAACUUUAUAAAGACCAAAGAAGACCGACUGAAGAACCAGCAGAGAGAGUACGACGCCCAGCUGCAGUACAGGCAGCAUAUACAGGUACUACUACUACCUCAGUACUGCACAUACAGGUACUACUACUGCGCUACGGGUGAGAAAAGAUGUGUUUUUUUUCCCAGAAUGCGUUGGUGUGGGUCUCAGCUAUGUAUUUUUGUCUCAGGUGUUCAUUGACAGGUUUCGGUACAAUGCUAACAGAGCUGCUCAGGUGCAGAGCAAACUCAAGCUGCUGGAGAGACUGUAAGUACUUUUUCACCUGCUAUUGCAUGUACUUGUCUGGAUCUCCACAUACUUAAAUAACAGCACUUCAGAAGCUGGGUUUACAUUGUUUACACUGGUUUUAAUAUUCCGAUUAGAAUUGAGUUAGAAGCCCAAACUGAAUAAAAAUACUCAAUAUAAACACCUCAAUCAAAAUAAACAAACCGAAUUUCAUUCAGUUUCACAGGGGUGGAAUAUUUCUUUUCCCAAAUCGAUCAAAAAGUUUUGUCAUGUAAACAGUGAAAUAGAAAGUUGUCAGGCUGCUUUCUGUCUGUGCAUGCUUUGUCUUGAUGUAAAUGCACAGUGUCAUUCCUCACUUGAAAAUAUUGUGGCUUCCAAACAGAGCACGCAGAACAAGUUUAUGGCGGAGAGAUUGUUUUAAGUACAAACUCUCAAAUAACUAAACAUUAUCCCACACAUCGACUGUAGAAAUACAAGAAAUAUUCAACUAUUUUAAAAAGUCCACAAAAAAUUCAGCAAAGCCAGGAUAGCAAACCACCAACAAAAAGACCCACUGAUAUAUGUCUUCUCCUCUUCAAUGCUUCCAGUAAGAGCACGCUGAUAUCGAGCUGUUGCCUGGAUAAAAUGUAAAAGCAUCCCAAUUUCUGUGCUUAAUGGACAAUAGAUCUCCAUCUGUGAAAAACCACAUGAUGUUUACAUAGAUCCAUGCGGUUGCCACAUCUGUAAAACAGAUGUUCUAUAUAAAUGUAGUGGCACAUGUAACACCAGAUCAGAAUAGAUCACAUGUUAACAGUUAACAUGAGUUCUUCAAUCAGAACUAGCGCCCCGAAGGGCACUGAUGGACCCAAGCAGUGUUGCAUCUCUCCUCUCCAAGGGAAAUGUGCUCCACAGCCGCCGGCUAUCUUUGUGAUGGCUGGUACUUGUGACUGCCUUUGAGCCAUAUCGGUAAAAAAAAAACAUCACAGUUUCAAAGGGUGCCAUAGCCACGCCCUUUGACCUACACAUGUGAUUUUUUGAUAUAAUCUCCCCUAACAUCUCUCCUACAGAAUGCAAGAGAAAUUACAUCCAAACCAUAAAUGGUUUGCUUCAGAGGCAGCCAUUUGUAGGUGCUUGCAAAAAACCCUACUGUUGCCAAACUAAGCCUCUCAACAAAAAGUUGUACCUCAGUCUGAAAGUGGACUAUUGUGGGUACCUGUGGCUGCAGUUUCAGCUUUCUAUCCAUAAAUCCUUAGGAGGAGUUUUGAAAACACCUAAAAAAGUAGGCAAAAUCUUAAAGUGCAAAUUUUCAAACCAAUCUGGAUGACUUCCGGUUGGGUGUGGCCUAUGGGUCCAAGAUGCUUUUUUUGUUCAUUUUGGGGUUCUAAAUAAUCAUUCCCGGUUUUAUAGUUGUGGGUCACAUACAUGGGCUGGGCUUAAUUUUUGAAAUUUGGAGUGGGCGCUAUGGAGCCAUAUUCAGUUAUAUUUCCAUUUUGACAUUGGAACCCUCAAGAGGAUGCCCCUCAAGAUCUGUUUACCAAAUUUCAUGCUGCUGUGUAUAUCUAUAGCAAUAUCAAAGAAUGCUAUUUCUCUGAGAUAUUUUAUAGCGCCACCCAGUUGUACUUAAAGGACACAUAGUACAGAUUUUUUUGCCGCUUUGGUACCUCGACAGGUGUGUCCCGAAUAUAUCUCAGCUGCAUCCCAUCAACAAAGACGAAGUCACAGGCCACUUCGCCUUUUCCACCAGGUGGCGCUACAACAUAUGGAUGCAAGUUUGGUGUCAAAUUCUCCAGUGCUAGGGAUGGAAAUUGAUAAGAUUUUAUAAAUAUUGAUGCCAUUAUCGAUUCUGCUUAUCGAUUCAAUUCUUUAAUGAUUCCCUUAUCAAUGCUUCUAUUUGAUUAAAAAAAAAAGUAGACCAUAGGUUUUCAGUGUUAACUCAACAUUUUAUUGAGUCUCUGAUAACACUGAUAACAGAAAAAGAUGUAUGCCAUCUUCAGUGAGAGUCUAAAAAUAAUCAAACAGAAAUGCUAUUUGCAUACCUGCCAACAUUUGGGUUAUAAAAUCAGAGAUUUUUGUGGCGCACGCCGGGCAGUUUUGGGGUGACCUUGUAUGGUGGAUAUGAACUCAUUAUGAGAGUAUUUGUAAUUAGAUUGCUCAUCAAAAUAAGUAUCAGUGAAGCUGCACACUUUUUUGUUUUGUUUUAACAAUAACAAAUGGUAAUGAAAAAUAAUAGCUACGAUAUGCCUUGAACUAAUUUAGUCCACUAAUAUUAGUGUUAAAGUCCUCACAUGUUUUACAUGCUCUCCCGUAUGAGUCUCUCUGAACAUCUCUGUGUGAAAUACAGUACUCUGUUAUCUGAGGCUGCCCUGAGGGCCUUACUCCUAGACGAUGAAAGACCAUCAACGUAAAAGUUAUAUCUCACGUUUGUUUCUCUUUCACUGAAGUUUUCAUUUUGCAAGACACAAUGCUUAAAUGUAGUUCACAUCUUAAACCGACCUGAAUCAUCUCAAAUUGUAAAGUAAAAGUAUCAAUCCAGUGUCUGUGAGGCUCAGCAGAAACACAGGACAGUCUUCGGUUGUCUGGAAACUUUGGACAAAUAUAGUGAUCCGAUUCAUGAAUGAAAGUGGAGCACAGUGGCGGCUGGUGAGAAAAAUAAUAGGUGGGGCUGAAGUUUUGGAAACCAGAGCCCUCAAGGGGGUUCAGGGGAAUCUUCCCCCAGUAGAUUUUUUUUUCGUUUUCAAAAGGUAGAUGAAGCAUUCUGGUGCUUUCUUAAUUAAUAAUUAAGGAAACAUACGAUAUUGACCUACAAAGACAAUUGGGGUGGGAAUGCUUUAAAUACAGAUCAGUUUUAUUAAAUUUGAUAUUUCAGUUAAACUGAAUUGAAACUGGGUGAACAAAUACAGGGGUCCCACUCUUUUAUAGAAAUCAUAAUCAUUUCCAGGACUUUUCCAGGAUGUUUUCAUCCUGCCUUACAAUCUUAUUUAUUUCUAACAUUGUGGCAUGAACAUUGUCUGUUAGCUCUCUUUUUUUUCGCUAACGGACUGAAAUACACAUUUAAUGGAAUGAUUAAUGUAAUACCGCUAUUUCCUUACUUUGAGAAUAAUUUUCAGGGAGACAGCAGACAUUUCUUUUUGCUCACUCAGCUCAGGCGGGGCUCCGCCCGCAGCACCCUCUUAUACCGGCCGCCACUGGUGGACUAUGUAAAAUAUUCCCUGGGAGAAUAAUACCGGAGGUGGGCGGGAGAUAGGUCUGAAAUAGGGGAGAGUCCUCGGAAAACUGGGAAUGUUGGCAGGUAUGGACAUAUGUUAGGUUGACCAUAUUCUGAACCCCCAAAACACGAUUACGGGGGGCGGAAAUUUUGAGUGUUUUUUUGUGUCGGGUCGAGUGUUAUUGUGCACUUCUAACUCAGUUAAAGGUAUAUUCUAAAUUCCCUAUGACAGUGCAUGUGUGCGUGCGUCAGAGGCUUUGCUUGGAAGUGAGCGAAAAAGGGGCAGAGCAGCAGAGAGCACAGAUGCUCUGCACUAUUUUGUAAUAAAUGAAUACACGUCCCUAGACAGCCCCCAAAAGAGGACAUGUUCAGGUGUAAUAAGACUUAUGGUCACUCUAACAUAAGUACCUUCAAUGCCGUGCUGAGACAGAGCUGCAGCAGCUGAUGACCGGCAGAGAACAUCGAAUACAUGUGACUCCCUCUAUUUGAUGCCGUGCCCCGUUGACAAAUGAUUAAGCAUGUUGCUAGUGUUUCCACCUUUGCAUGUUAUCACUGCCUGACAAACGUUGCACUGUUGUCGUCUUUCUUAGUAAAAUUAAGCCACGCUUUACCCCGUUUCUGCCUACUUUUUGUACCGUCCGAGACCUUUUUUCAAGGCACCUGGAAGAAAGGAAUUGUUAAGGGAAUCAUUAAGAUAAAACGUAAAUGAUGUCCAUGGAUUGACCUGACCUUUGCCAAAUUUGCCAAAUUUGAUGACUUUUUGAGCCUGUCUCAAGGGUUUUUUCAGUUGAAAAACUUAAGUUAAUAUUAAUGCAUAAUUCUUACAAUUUCAAAAAGGCUCUUUCCUGCUGCUUGCAGCGUCAACUAGGGCCCUGAUGAAAAAAUGUGUGCAUGUAAUCCCAACCACUGUCAGGUAUCUUGGGUGUAAACCUUUGUGUGUGUGUGUGUGUGUGUGUGUGUGUGUGUGUGUGUGUGUGUGUGUGUGUGUGUGUGUGUGUGUGUGUGUCACUGACUGUCUCUCUGUGUGUGUUCUGCAGGCCUGAGCUGAAGCCCAUUGAGAAAGAGACAGAGGUCACUCUGAGGUAAGACCAGUUUCCUGUUUAGACAAGAAUCAGCUAUUUUUAGACGUACAUUUUCUUUGGGUUCUGAUUCUAAAAUGUAUUCUGCUCUUAGAAUGUAAAUGUAUUUACUGCUCACACUCACACACACACACACUGAGGUUUGUAACAGGCUGCAGCUCUUUAAACAGUCGCUCUCAUUUGCUCUGAGUUGGCACAAAUACUUGCUUAAUUUCUGCUGCAGUAUGUUUUUACAGGUUCAGUUAAAUUAGCUGUGAUUCCCCUUUACCCGGUUCCUGAUAGAUGAGUUUAAACUCACCAUUCAACAUAUUACGAAUGAUCUUAUUCUUUUUAUUUUCAUUCUCUCUGUGUGCAUAAUUUGCCGUAAAAAGGAGGCAGACAGAAACAGAUGUGCACUUUCAUCACGUCUUUUACCUUUACAGCAACACGAACACUACUUUAACAUAUGCACAGUAUCAGCAGUGGGUUGAAAAGAGCAGACUGGAGAGGAGAAGUGAAUAUAAGGCAGUCUCUGCUACAGAAACCGGCUACUGGGGUGGUUCCUCCAGGUUCUGAAGAGAGAGGUUCUCUUUAAAGUUUAAAUAGCUUUUCAGACCUUUAUCAGAGCACCAAAUCAGAUCAGGACUCUGGGGGUACGUUUAGGUCACCAGGAGUCCUCAAGUCCUCAUGAAGAGUCUGUCUGAGCUCAUCCUGGAUGUUUUUAAAUCUGACAACUGUCAGUAUGAGAGGAAGGGUAUGGUUCAGUCUGUUGAUGUGUUUUUUGAUUAAUUGAUGAAUGGUUGACUGAGAUGUGUCUUUGUGUCUCAGGUUUCCAGAUAACUUUGAGAAGCUAUCUCCUCCUAUCCUUCAACUGGAUGAGGUGGAGUUUCAUUACUCUGCAGAUCAGCGGCUCUUCUCUGGACUCAACCUGUCUGCUGACCUCGAGUCUCGCAUCUGCAUCGUACGUAUCAUAAUCACCAUUAUGAGAAUCAGCCUGUCAGUAACUGUGUGCUGGUGUAUGUGAAGCUGAUUGACAAGAGUCACAGCUCAAAAUGACAUGAGCUUUGAGCUGAGGAGUUGCGACAGUCAGCAGCAGUUUAGUCUUGACUCUGUGGGUCGUACACUGAUGGUCUAUGUUUACUGUCAGGUCGGAGAGAACGGCGCUGGUAAAUCCACCAUCCUCAAGCUGCUGAUGGGUGAGCUGUCGCCGGUGAACGGAGUCAGGCAGGCUCACAGGUGAGACCAAUUAGUCAACCAAUCAACAGCCUCCUGGAUCUAUUUAUUCAGCCAAUCACAGUCUGUUAAGUGACUGAUUAUGGAGGAACAUUUGGGGACUUGGUACUGUUUGAAAAACAGUUUCUAGGGAACAGUUUACGCAGUGAGACAUUCAUUUACAGAGCAGUGUAACCUGUCAGAGAACUUUUUACAGCUGCCUCUCACUGAUAAUUACUGAUCUGUGCCUUUGAUCCCUCACCAGGAACUUAAAGAUUGGUUACUUCAGUCAGCAUCAUGUGGAUCAGCUGGACCUGAAUGUCUGCUCUGUGGAGCUGCUGCUCAACAAGUUCCCUGGUAACCAUGGAAACUACAUCACCAACACCUUCUGGAGUAACACAUGAAACAGUAACUUACAAUGACAGCAUGUGAAGCUCCUAGCAGGAACUUUCAGUUUGUGUAAAUCAUGGUGCCCCCUGUGGACGAAGCUGUCUUUGCUGAACAUGUCAUUUGAUAUAAGGGAGAUCUGUCCAAGUCCUAGAAACGCUGAAGUUUGGUCUUUAGAGCGAGAAUCUCAUCCUUCUGACUUUAGUGAAGGAACUGUUAAGUCUGUUGUUAGGAACUUUUUGUUCUCCACUCACUGAACAGUUUUCUCAGAUGAAGCCCAGCUCACCACACCGUCUUUCAGAGAUUCUGAUUGGCUGUUCUCUGUGUGACAGGUCGGACAGAGGAAGAGUAUCGCCAUCAGCUGGGAGGGUAUGGCAUCACCGGAGAGCUCGCUACCAGGCCAGUGGCCAGUCUGUCAGGGGGGCAGAAGAGCCGGGUGGCCUUUGCACAGAUGACCAUGCCAUGGUAUAAGCCCCGAAUCCAGCUGUGUGCAUUUCCAUGGCAACAAUGAUGAUGAUGGUGAUAAUGAUGCUGUUGUCAACAAAAUGUUUUCCCUGUCUGUGUUUUCAGUCCAAACUUCUACAUCCUGGACGAGCCGACGAACCACCUAGACAUGGAGACCAUUGAAGCUCUGGCUAAGGCUCUCAACAAGUUCAAGGUGAGUUUGAGUAGGUUGGGCUUAAAUACACCUGACAAGGUGAGUUUUGAGUGGACUGAGCCAGAUUUAUUCACCUGUGAUGACUCGACUUAAGACAUUUACCUGCAGUAAGAUCUGCACAGUGGUGUCGUAUUUUCUAAAAUUAGAUUUGUGUUUCAGUUGCGUGUGAUGUUGUGUGUUUCAGGGCGGGGUCAUCUUAGUGUCACAUGACGAGCGUCUGAUAAGGCUGGUGUGUAAGGAGCUGUGGGUGUGCGAAGGUGGGAAAGUGUCUCGAAUCGACGGUGGCUUUGACGAGUACCGAGAUAUUCUGCAGGAGCAGUUCAGGAAGGAGGGUUACCUGUGA